AUGGACGUGGAACAAUCGGCUGGCACCUUUGCCUCGGCAGAGGCCUCGAAUCAAGCUAAAAAGCAAAGUGACCUUUCACUCGCCGAAGAUCGCUCGAUCGGCCAUGGAGAACAGGACCUGCUCGGAGGGGAGAAGGUGGACGAAGUGCUCGCGGCCAAGAUGGCUCUCGUGAAUGAUGCCAUCGAUGAGAUUGGAUUUACUCCCCAUCACUGGAAACUCUUCUGUCUUAACGGAUUUGGAUAUGCCGUCGAUUCCCUGAUUUUGCUGAUCCAGUCGAUCAUCUCGACCCAAGCGCAAAAGGAAUUCCAUCCUUCAUACUCGACUGGAUUAACUAUCGCGGUGUAUGUCGGGAUGCUGGUGGGCGCCAUCUUCUGGGGCUUCUCAGCCGACAUCAUCGGCCGCCGGUUCGCCUUCAAUGUUUCCCUGUUCGUCUCCUCGGUCUUCACGAUUGUCGCCGGCGCUUCUCCUUCGUGGAUCACACUGGGGCUCUUUGUGUGCCUGAGUGCAUUCGGGGCCGGAGGAAACCUGGUGCUGGAUACGACGGUCUUUCUCGAGUAUUUGCCCAGUCGCCAUCAAUGGUUGUUGACGCUGAUGGCCGCUUGGUGGGGUCUUGGUCAGCUCAUUGCCGGCCUGUUCGCCUGGGCGUUCCUUCCCAAUUUUUCGUGUGCUGACGCCGACAAUUGUCCCCGAGCCAACAAUCAGGGCUGGCGGUAUGUCUGGUAUACCUCUGGGGCGUUUGUGUUUGUUCUGUCCAUGCUACGUGUCACCAUUAUCCGGCUACAAGAGACCCCCAAGUUUCUUGUCGCCGAAGGGAAAGACGCAGAUGCCGUCCGUGUCCUCGAAAACAUUGCGACCAAAUAUCAUCGGCCCUGUAGUCUCACCAUUGAGCGGCUGCAAGCUUGUGGAAUCACUCAGACCCGCGAUACAACUGGGGUCAAGUUAUCUCAGCGACUUCUCUCGCCAAAGGAGGUCUUUUUCCACUUCAAGGGACUUUAUGCAACUCGCAAGAUGGCCCUCUCCACCACACUUGUGUGGUUCUCGUGGCUUCUCAUCGGUCUGGCCUAUCCACUCUACAAUGUCUUCUUGCCCACUUAUCUUGCCUCCCGCGGUGCCAGUUUUGGAGAGUCGAGCCAGUAUGUGACCUGGCGCAACUACGCAAUCAAUAACACAUGCAGUAUUUUUGGUCCUGUAUUGGCAGGCUUCAUGUGUCGGUCUCCCUGGUUCUGGGGUAGACGUGGAACCAUGAUUAUUGGUGCCUUGGUCACGAUGGUCUUCUUCUUCUGCUACACUCAAGUGCGCACUGCUAGUCAGAAUCUUGGCUUCACAUGUGCCAUCUCCUUCUGUCUCAACAUCUAUUAUGGCACACUCUAUGCUUACACUCCCGAAGUAUUUCCCUCCGCCCAUAGAGGAACCGGAAAUGGAGUCGCAAUUGGACUGAAUCGAAUUAUGGGAAUUGUGAGCGCGGUGGUCGGGGAGGCGGCGGAUACGAGUACACCUGUGCCGAUUUAUAUCUGCGCCGCCUUGUACAUUGUGAUGGCAAUCGUUUCAGCAGCGUUGCCUUUCGAACCUUACGGACGACGAAGUAGCUAA